AUGGUUUCGUCUUUGGCCAAGAAAAUCCUUGGAGCAGGGUAUUCUUUGGAUGAAAAUGGAAGGGCAACUCCGUACUUGCUAGUGUAUGGUACUGAAGCAGUCAUACCUGCUGAGGUUGAAAUACCAUCAUUGAGAAUCAUUCAAGAAGCAGAAUUAGACAAUGCAGAAUGGGUCUGGACUCAAUAUGAGCAGUUAGCUCUGAUUGAUGAAAAGAGGAUGGUUGUCAUAUGUCACCGCCAACUAUACCAACAAAGGAUGGCGCAUGCCUUCAAUAAACGAGUCAGAGCUCGACUUUUUCAGAUAGGGCAAAUGGUACUCAAGAGAGUGUUCCCACAUCAAGACGAGUCUAAAGGAAAGUUCUCUCCCAACUGGAAAGGACCAUUUAUAGUCUACAAGGUACUCUCUGGAGGAGCAGUACUGCUAGCAGAAAUGGACGGGCAAGAGUGGCCCAAACCAAUCAACUCAGACGCAAUCAAGUGA